AUGCAGGCAGCAGCAAGCUGCAGCAGCAGACGCAGCACGUUGGGCCCCCAGUGCGCCCCAGCAGCAGCAGCAGCUCCCAGCAGCAGCAGCAGCAGCAGACUGGACGGCGAGCCUGAAGCAGCAGCAGCAGCAGCAGCAGCAGACGCAGCAGCAGCAGCAACAGGGGGCCCCCUGACGGAGACUCAGCAGCUGCUGCUGUGGUCCGCCUCUCCAGAAGCCCUAGAGCUGCAGAGGGCCCCCCAGGGGGGCCCCCAGGGGGGCCCCCCUUGCUCCCCUUCUGAAGCGCUGCUGCACUCUUUAGGGGACAAGGGCCUCCGCAGCCAGCUGAGGGCCCCCCCCUAUUUAUCUGCUGCUGCUUGGAAGCGGGAUUUGCUGCUGCAGUGUCUUGAAGAUGCUCGUUUGCUGUUUUCUUGUGUCUGGGAUGCAUGCAGCUGCAGCAGCAUGGGGCUGCCCAGCAGCAGCAGCAGCAGCAGCAGCAGCAGCAGCAGCAGCAGCAGCAGCAGCAGCAGCGGAGACGCAGCAGGGGAUGGGGCUCUGGAUGCUGCUAUUCACUUUGCUGCAGCAACGCAGAGCGCACCCAAGAGAAAGCUGCAGCCUACGAAACCAGAAGCAGCAGCAGCAGCAGAAGAAGAAGCAGCAGCAGCAGCAGCAGCAGCAGCAGCAGCAGCAGCAGAAGCAGCAACAGAAAAGGAAGCAGCGGCCCAAGAAGCAGCAGCAGAAAAAUAUGCUGGCACCCAAAGUGAUAAUAUAUCUAAUGAUGACAGCCCAGCUACACAAACGACAACAGCAGCACGAGAAGCAGCAGCAGCAGCAGCAGCAACAGCAGCACAAACAGCAGCAGCAGCAGCAGAAACAGCAGCAGCACCUACAGCGCGCGAGUACAUAUCGGCCACAAUGUCUUGGUCUCUGAAGCAACUUGAGGACCCCGGGCUUUUUGCUGCUUCUCCCCCCUCCUCCCCAGCAGCAGCAGCAGCAGCAGCAGCAGCAGCAGCAGCAGCAGCAGCAGCAGCACCGCUGGAGUCUGCUGCUGCUUUGAUAGUGCGGCGGCUGCUGCGCUGCUACGCACACAUAUACCUGUGGCAUUUGCUGCUGCUGCAGCAGCAGGGGGCCCUCCCCCACGCCAACCGCUGCCUCAAAAAACUCCUUUUUGCUGCUAAAGAUACUUUCCUAGGGGGCCCCCAACAGGGGGGCCCCCCAAGAGGGGGCCCCCCAAGAAGGGGGGCCCCCUCGGGGGGCCCCCUGUCUCCACGGGGGCCCCCGGGGGGCCCCCAGGAGGGCCCCGAGGGGGGCCCCACGGGUGAGGAGGGCCCCCAGGGGGGCCCCCAGGGGGGCCCCCAAGGGGGGCCCCCGGGGGGCCCCCAGGGGGGCCCCCUCAUGGGGCCCCUGAGGGUACUGGAAGAUGCUUGGUUGAAGUGUGGGGUCGAGGAGGGCCCCUCAGGUGUAUGUACACCUGAAGAAGGGGAAAGUGAAGGAGAAAAAGAAACUGAAAAUGAAAAAGAAGUAAAAGAAAAGGAGGAAAGAGAAGAGGAAUUAAAUGGGAAAGAAAGAAAUAAAGAAAUAAAUGAAAAAGAAAUAAAUGAAAAAGAAAUAAUCGAAAAAGAAAUAAAUGAAAAAGAAAUAAUCGAAAAUGAAUUCAAUGAAGAGCUGCUGCUGCCGGCGCUGCGAAAAGCCGAACUUUGUUUGGGACUUUUGGAAAAAGAAGAAUUCCCUUUUUUUGGAAUUGCAAACAAAUAA